AUGGCCCUAUCCGCCCUCGUUCUUUUAUGUAAAGGGUAUACCAGAACACCACUACGCUCAAGCUCAGUUGACAUUCAUCCAAAUGCAAAAUGGAAACAAACUGGUGUUACUGUAGCUGGAGGAAAUGAAGAAGGCAAUGGAAUCAAUCAACUCAAUUGUCCUUGGGGUUUGUAUGUCGAUGAUGAGCAAACAGUUUAUGUCGCUGAGGAAUCGAAUCAUCGUAUAAUGGAAUGGAAAUCAGGUGCCACGAAUGGCAAAGUCGUUGCUGGUGGAAAGGGAAAUGUAGCUAAUCAGUUAAAGCGUCCAGAAGAUGUGAUUGUCGAUAAAGAACGAGAUAGUCUCAUCAUCUCCGAUUUUGACAAUAAAAGUGUAGUUCGAUGGCCUCGUCAAAAUGGCACUAGUGGAGAAAUAAUUAUUUCAAACAUUUGUUGCGUUGGUUUGACAAUGGAUGACAAUGGAUGUCUUUAUGUUGCUGACCAUGAUAAGCAUGAAGUGAAACGAUAUCGAAUUGGUGAAAGCCAAGGAACUUUAGUUGCAGGUGGCAAUGGACAAGGAAAUCGUCUCGAUCAACUCUCGAACCCUUAUUACGUAUUUAUCGAUCGAGAUCAUUCAGUGUACGUAUCUGAUAACACGAAUCACCGUGUAAUGAAAUGGGAAGAAGGUGCACAACAGGGUAUUGUCGUAGCCGGUGGUCAAGGAUAUGGAAGUGAUCUUGCACAAUUAAAUGGUCCACUAGGAAUCGUUGUUGAUCAAUUGGGUACUGUCUAUGUGACUGAUCGAUCCAAUCAUCGAAUAAUGCGUUGGCCAAAAGGAUCUACAGAGGGAACUGUCAUUGUUGGUGGAAACGGUUCAGGAGCACAGUCAAAUCAAUUGUCUUAUCCAUAUGGUUUGUCCUUCGAUCGACAUGGUAAUUUAUAUGUCGCUGAUCAGUGCAAUCAUCGAAUACAAAAAUUUGACAUCGAAUAG